AUGGCCAAAAUCAUAUCCACUAUUAAGGCCAUACUGACGCGCAUCAUUUUCGGCGCGCACAGCUUACUGGCCAUUUGGCAGGUGACGACUUUUAAGAAGGAUAUAAUCUAUUGGACACUAUGUGGUCCAUUGCUGAUCCUGCUGCUCGAGGGCAUCUUCACCAUUAUGAUAAAGAAGACGCAGGAGUGGCGUUGGUUCUGCCCCUCAGUCUUUCUCUACUUGAGCAGCAUUGUGCCCGCCAUUUGGCUUCUCGAGCUGGACAAGGUGGAGCGACGCUUGAUUUUGAUCAAUGCCUCUCAGGCGAAUGCCACAAAUGCCAGCUAUGUCCUGGUCAAUAGUACCAACAGCAGCACAAUGGUGCCGGUGGCAGGACUAUUGGAUGAUGCAGGCAUUACUUUGCCCACUAUCAGCACGGACACUUGGACAACGCUCAUCGAACAGUUUCUCAUGCUGAUCCUCAUUGUGGGUCGUUGGCUGCUGCCCAAAGGAGACUUGACGCGCGAUCAGCUAAGUCAGCUGCUAUUGGUAUAUAUAGGCACGGCUGCCGAUAUAAUAGAGUUCUUUGACUCGUACAAGGACGACUCGAUAGCACGCAUUGGUUUUUUAGUCUAUCUGACGCUGGGCAUUUGGUCCUGGAGUCUCAUGCAGUUCACCAUAGUGUUGUCUGCCACACGCGGACGCCGUCCUCGCGGCAGCGGUAGUCAGAAGGAAGAGCACACAGACUGCUGUCAGAAUUGUUGUUGUGGCAUCGAUGUUUGGGGCAUUGUCCUCAAUGUGAUAUUGCAGGAUGCGCCGUUUCUGACAUUCCGUUUGCUGAUCAUAUUCCAGUAUAAAAUUAUUAACUAUAUGAACGUCUUUUUCACAUGCAAAAACUCUUUGGUCAUCAUACUACAACUCUAUCGGCUAUAUGUGGUUAAUGCCGAGUUUUGGAAAAGUCGUCGCGAAAGUCGCAUGGCCAAGGCCCGUCAAUAUCAAUCGCGACGUCGUGUGCAGGAUGCGGAUCAGAAUAGCAUUUAUAUGAUAUCAAAUGAACGUGGUGGCGAUGUGAAGAAGAAAAUUAAAAAAGCAAAGGACUAUGCCGAGCACGAGGCAGUGAGUAAGAAGAAAAAGGGCAAGAAGGACAAAAAGGACAAAAAAAAACGUAAGCGCAAGGAUACGGGAUACUCAACGGCCAGUUCGCAGAAUUUGCAUUCCACCAGGGCCGCCAUUGAGAAAGAUGCGCGUCGUAAGGACAAAAAGGGCAAGAAAACGAAACGUAACGGAAACAGUUCGCUCAGUGAUUGCGACCUGAUGAAUGCAAAAAAGCAAAAGCGUGGCAAGAACGCGGACAAAACAGAUAAAAAGAAAACACGUGAAAUCGAGGCUGUCAUUGAGGAGUCGAGCAGCACAAGCAGCAGCUCCUCGGACUCGAGCAAUUCCACCCUGCCCAGCUACGAGGUCAUCGAUGAGAAAAAAGCGAAGGCAAAACGCCGCAAACAUGGUCACAUAAGCGAUUCCAGCUCCAGCAGUGACAGCAGCUCCGAUAGUUCCUCAUCAUCGUCGGACUCUUCGUGAGCGCUAACAAUUUGUUAACGAUUUUUGGGACUAACUCCAUUUGUUGUGGCCAUCACAUUUUCAAAAAUG